GUACCAAGGACAAGCUAUAUUUGUUUUGCGCACGCGCGGUUGUGUGUGUCGUAAGUUAGCAUCGCUUUGAAACAUGUCAGAAAAGGGAGAGGUAGAUUUAACUGGUGCCAAGCAGAAUACCGGCGUCUGGCUCGUGAAGGUGCCAAAGUACCUCGCUCAGCAAUGGGCCAAAGCACCAGGAAGAGGAGAGGUCGGCAAAAUCCGAAUUUGCAAAAAAGGAAACCAAGGAAAACCAGAGGUGUCCUUCACUUUGAACGAAGAGCUCACUACCAUCGAAGGUAUCGAAGACAAGACGGUGUCCGCACCUCGCGAUCAUCCUUUUACCAUGCAGUCAGUGGGGGGUCAGAUGCUGGCGGUCUUCACGGAGAGUUCAUCUGGCCAGUCAGAAGAAAGAUCUGAUGGCAGCAGCUCAGGUUCGGGGGCGGCUCCAGAUAAACUAGCCCUGGAAGGAGUGGUGGUGCAGAGAGCAGAAUGCAGACCUGCUGUUAGUGAAAGCUACAUGAAAUUAAAGAGGCUACAAAUCGAAGAGUCCUCCAAACCAGCGAGGUUGUCACAGCAGCUGCUGAAACCCGUCACCACCAACUACAAACCUGUGGCCAUCCACGACUACAACCGUGAAUACGAGAGGAAGAAGAAGGAAGAGGGCAAGCGGGCGAGGUCUGACAAACAGCAGGUGCUGGACAUGUUGUUCUCUGCAUUUGAGAAGCACCAGUACUACAACAUCAAAGACCUGGUGGACAUCACCAAGCAGCCGGUGACGUACCUGAAGGAGAUCCUGCGUGAUAUUGGGAUCUACAAUGUAAAGGGAACACACAAGAACACCUGGGAACUCAAGCCGGAGUACAGACAUUACCAAGCAGAGGAAAAAACUGAUGAAUAAGGGAUUUUUUUCUUUUGAGUUCCCAUUUCUUCACAGCUGCAUUCAGGAUGCGAGGCAACAUGAAGAGGUUUACAUCCCCAUGAUCUUGUUCCUGCACAGAACUACAACGGUGUUUCAUCUGGACAUCUUUUUCUAGACUGCUUUUUAUGUAAUCUGUAAAACUAGUAUUUGGAGUCUGGGUAAUUAACUAUGGAGGAUGUGAGAGACAGGUAAGGAUUCUUAACCAGAUAUGGGGAGGGAGGGUCAAAUCUUCACUGGAGAUUUUAAUUGAUUUAAAGUUUUACACUUCUGUAAUAAAGUUCUCAACAAAC